AUGUUGCUGCUAGUUUGUGCAUUCUUAUGCUUCUGGGGAUUUGAUUCCUCCCUCGUAGCAGGAGAAAGCACAAUCCAACACGGCGAUGAACUCAACUCAUCUGGUAGUCUUCUUGUUUCUGAAAGUAGGUACUUCACCUUAGGAUUCUUCAACACCACCAUGACAGCUUCCAGUUAUUUAGGAAUAUGGUACACCUAUGGGGACAAGAUAAGGAUAGUAUGGGUUGCCAAUCCUAACACACCAAUUUUGAACAAUUUUGGAGUUCUGACUAUUGAUAGCAAGGGAAGGUUAAAGCUUAUGAGUGGAGGGAGUACUCUUGUGAAUGUUUCUGAUCAAGUGGGGACCGGAAAUGUUAGUGCCACACUAGAAGAUUCAGGUAACUUUGUGGUGAUGGAUGAAACUGAAAACAGGAUUUUGUGGCAGAGCUUUGAUCAUCCUGGCAGCACGCUAUUGCAAGCUAGUGAUGGGUACUACUUCACUUUUUCUGUUGGUGACGAAAGGAUGUUGUGGAACCUGAUUCCAGAUGGGCGAAUUGUUGAUGGUAGUGCUUUUGUCCUUACCCCACAUGAGUUUUGUCAUGGUUAUCAAUCAGACGAUGGUUGUGUGAACACUACAGUGCCUGAGUGCAGGAGCCAUGGUGAUACAUUUCAGUAA